CAACCCCUUUUGGCCUGAAAGUCACCAUAAUUUGUGUCGGAAUGGAAAAGUUUCACUGAGCAACCUGUAAGGAAAGAUAAAAAGUUACUUUGGUUGUGGAAUCCGCAAGAAGAGCCGGCUUUUGGACGGUGAAAGUCUUCAGAGUGUUUGGUUGCUGAAACGUUAAGAUGGACAAACAGAAGCAGAAGGACAAGCUAGCAGUCCACAAGAUGAGCGACUCUGGGAAGAGCCCUGAACAGCAGCCAAUCACAGCCUGUCUGUUCAGCGCAGCCUUCUUCGGCGCCCUGGGGUCGUCUUUCAUUUACGGCUACAACCUCUCCGUGGUCAACGCUCCCUCUUUGUUCAUUCAAGCUUUCUACAAUAAGACGUGGAUUGAGCGAUAUGGAGAGCCUCUUGGAGCAGAGACGGCCACCCUCUUCUGGUCCAUCACAGUGUCCAUAUUUUCUAUCGGAGGCCUUCUCGGAGCGGUGUCCGUCUCCGUAAUACUCAAAGUACUGGGAAGAAAGGGAACCUUGCUGUUGAAUAACAUCUUCGCUCUAAUAGCUGCUGUGCUGCUGACUUUCGGCGAAAGUGCCAAAUCCUUUGAGAUGCUCAUCAUUGGCCGGUUCAUAAUCGGGGUGGACUCUGGUGUAGCUCUCAGCGCCCUCCCCAUGUACCUGGGAGAAAUUACGCCAAGACAUGUCCGAGGUUCCGUCGGCCAGUUCAACUCCAUCCUGAUCUGCUUGGGAGUGUUCACGGGACAAGUGCUUGGGCUGCCCGAGCUGCUGGGUCAGGAAAACAGGUGGAGCUACCUGUUUGCCUUCCUGGCGGUGCCGGCAGUGCUGCAGCUGUGUGUGCUGCCCUUCCUCCCCGAGAGUCCUCGCUACUUGCUGAUAGAGAGGAAGGAUGAGGCUGGAGCAGAAAGAGCCUUCCAGAGGUUUUUGGGGAAGAAAGAUGUGUCCCGGGAGCUGGAGGAGGUCCACGCGGAGUCUCGAGCUCAGGACAACCUACACACCGCCUCUGUGUUACAGCUGCUGAGGAGCCCAGCUGUUCGCUGGCAGCUCAUCACCAUCAUCGUCAGCAUGGCCUGCUAUCAGCUCUGUGGCCUCAACGCUAUCUGGUACUACACCAGUGGGAUCCUUCGGGAAGCAGGCUUUGGCGAGAACAUCAUCCCCUACAUCACACUGAGCACCGGGGCCAUAGAGACUCUGGCUGCCAUCAUCUCGGGCUUAGUGAUAGAACGAAUCGGGAGGAAGCCCCUCCUCAUCUUUGGUUUCUCGGCCAUGGCCGUAUUCUUCAGCCUACUCACAGUGUUCCUCAAUUUCCAGGACAGUCUGUCAUGGAUGCCCUACCUCAGUUACGUCUGUAUACUGGCUGUGAUUGCGUCCUUCUGCUCUGGGCCAGGUGGCAUCCCCUUCGUCCUGACCGGAGAGCUGUUUGAACAGUCCUACCGACCUGCCGCCUUCAUGAUCGCUGGCACAGUUAACUGGCUGUCCAACUUUGCUGUGGGCCUCCUGUUCCCAUUUAUUCAAGAGAAGCUGCAAUCCUUUGCCUUCAUGGUGUUUGUGGUGGUCUGCGUCUUGGGAUCUAUCUACCUCUACAUCGUCCUCCCCGAGACCAAAAAUAAAACAUUUAUGGACAUCAGUCAGAGCUUUGCCAAAAUCAACAAAAUCCCUGUCCCCUCUCCCGGCCAUGAAAUUGAGCUGGUUCUGUCCUGUAAGCCCGACAUGAAUGGAAAAAUCCAAGAUAUCGUUAAGAUGGAGAGUUCCUUCUAGCUGACCAAACUGAACAAAUUGUGGAGAAGCAGGGUUAAUGUUGUUUAUACAUAUUUAUUUAAUGCCUGUAGUGAAGUAAAUGAAAAUCAAUGCUUUUGUUGCAAUGCAUUUUGACAUUUUGUAUAUGUUUUAUAUGACUGGAAUAUUUAGGAAUAUUAGUUUACAGCAAUUAUUUGUUUAUGUCUUUCAUGUACCGUUUACAAGUCAAUAUAAAAUAAUCAUAAAUUGCA